AUGACUUGGAUACGACAAUAUGACCUCCCCGCGCUGCGGGAGUACAAAUACUCUGGCGUCGACCAUUCGCUGGUCAGUCGCUACAUCAUGAAACCGUUCUAUAGCAAUGUGGUCAUUCACCUGUUUCCCAUGAACAUGGCGCCGAAUCUCAUUACUUUAACGGGCUUCAGUUUUGUGGUUAUCAAUUUUCUGACGAUGCUGUAUUAUAAUCCGACGUUGGAUAAGGAUUGUCCGUCAUGGGUAUAUCUUAGUUGGGCGAUUGGAUUGUUUUUGUAUCAGACUUUUGAUGCUGUGGAUGGGAUGCAGGCGACAAGACAGAGUGGUCCGCUUGGAGAGUUGUUUGAUCACGGCGUCGACGCUUGCAAUACCGUUCUCGGCGUGUUCAUCUUCGCUGCUACGAUGAACCUCGGUCAAUCAUGGGCUACUGUUUUGACUCUGUGGGGAGCCGUCAUGACCUUCUAUGUCCAAACCUGGGACGAGUACUAUACCCACGUCCUCACUCUCGGCAUCGUCUCCGGCCCUGUCGAAGGUAUCCUGACUCUCUGUGCUGUCUUCUCAUUCACCGCAUACAUGGGCGGCGGCAGCUUCUGGCAUCGUCCCAUGCUCGCGACGAUCGGUGUUUCGCAACCGUCUUUUCUGCCAGAUAAUCUCUACAAAUUACCGUUUACUUCUUGGUACAUGAUCUACGGUGCAUUCAUGCUCUUCUUCGCAACGGGUAGCAGUAUCAUCAACGUGAUGAGAGCUCGCCGCGCACGCCUUGAGAAUCCCAUUACGCCGUUAUUCGGAUUAUUGCCGUUCACCUACAUGUGGAUCUUGACGCCGGCGUACUUGUAUCUGCAACCCGAGAUUCGCCAGAACCAUCUAGUCCCGUUCCUGAUCUAUGUCGGCAUUGUGAAUGCCUACUCCGUCGGACAGAUGAUUGUCGCGCAUUUGCUCAAGACUUCGUUCCCGCGAAGCAAUGUGCUCAUCUUGCCGCUUGCUGUUGCUGUGGUUGACAGUGUGGGAGCCCACUUGAGACUGUGGUACCCGGUUUUGGGAUAUAGUACUUAUCAUGUUCCGUUUAUUUUCACAGCGCUUGGUCUUGCGGUUGGUGUGUAUGCUAGUUUUGUGCACACCGUUAUUGUCACGAUUUGCGAUUACCUCGACAUUUGGUGCCUAACCAUCAAACAUCCGUACGUCGAGGGACAGGACAAGAUCAACGGACACGCUAAUGGCGACAGCGUUGCUGUCAAGAAGACUCUAUAA